UACUAUGAGCGGCGGUGUUUACGGCGGAGAUGAAGUCGGUGCGAUUAUAUUCGACGUUGGACAUCAGAGCUUGCGAGUCGGUUAUGGCGGUGAGGACAGCCCCAAAGCAGAAAUUCCUACGAGCCUCGGCGUGUGGGACGAUCCCAUGGAAAUCAACGAACCCGGACAACCCCCGAAAAAACGUUACAACAUCGACGUCACCGCUAUUCAAGUACGGCGUAAAGAUAUGGAGAUAGUGAGCAUGAUGAAGGACGGUAUGAUAGAAGAUUGGGACAUGUUCGAGCGUCUGGCCGAAUACACGUACAAGCAGCGUCUUCACGCAUGGCCGGAGCAUCACCCAAUUUUGAUGACCGAAUGUCCAUGGAACACGAGAGUCAAGCGAGAAAAAUUGCUCGAGCUAAUGUUCGAGAAAUUCAACGUUCCUGCUAUGUAUAUUUGCAAAAAUGCGGUUUUAGCGGCUUACGCGAACGGCAGAUCGACCGCGAUGGUUGUCGACAGUGGUGCCACUCACACGAGCGCGGUUCCUGUACACGACGGCUACGUCAUUACUCAAGGAAUUGUCAAGAGUCCACUCGGUGGCGAUUUUUUGACCAUGCAAUGCAGACAAUUUUUCGAGGACAGAAACGUCGAACUCGUUCCUGCUUGUUUCGUCGCUAGCAAAGAAAUUGUACGAGAACGUGAAACUCCGCGUUGGACCCGAAAAGCUGGUCCAACACCAACGUCUUCCUGGCUGUCGUACAUGGUGCGUGAGCUCAUUCAAGAUUUCCAGAUGAAUUGUCUCCAAGUUUCCGACGGGCCUUACGACGAGGACAUGGCGAGUGCGUUGCCAAUGAAACGAUACGAAUUUCCAACGGGCUAUAACGACGAUUACGGUUCUAUAAGGUUGAUGAUUCCCGAAGCGCUUUUCGAUCCGAGCAACGUGAAAGGCGUUGGUGCGAGUAUCCUCGGCGUUGGACCACUCGUUACUACGAGUGUUGGCAUGUGUGAUAUGGACGUUCGACCGAGCUUGUACGGAAGCGUGGUCGUGACGGGAGGAAAUUCUUGUCUCCAAGGCUUCAGCGAUCGUCUCAACAGGGAUUUAAUCACUAAAACACCGCCGAGCAUGAGGCUGAAGAUAAUCAGCGCGAACAGCUCGAGCGAGAGGCGUUACGGAGCUUGGAUUGGCGGUUCAAUAUUGAGCUCACUCGGAUCGUUCCAACAAAUGUGGCUCUCGCGACAAGAAUACGAGGAAUCAGGUAAGCUCAUACUCGACAGAUGCGCUUAGUUCUCAGGGAAAACGACAUCGUGGGAUUAUUGGGAAGAGAAAGAAAAAUAUAAAACUAAUACGUUCAAGAUUCUAAUUGAAACACACAAGGAUCUGUGGUGGACUCAUUGGGACGGAAAGAAUCAAGUGUGCCAAUACAACUAAUUUCCAAAUAAUUAUUACGCUAAUACAAUUAACGACAACAAUAAUACUAAUAAUAACAACAAUAUUAAUAUUAAUUUAAUAAUAAUCAACGAGGUUCCUAUGAAAGACAAUUAAAAUGCGAAAUCGAGAAAAUUCUAUGCAGUGUUCGAGCAAAGAAAAAUACGAAAGGACAGAAAAUGCGCAGACAUUUUUUUACAUAUCAGGCUAAGGUGGUAGAAAAAUAAAUUUUCGAGAGUGAAAAAACGCGAAGUGUGAAAGAAAUAUUUGCAAGUAAAUCGUACGAAAUCGAUCUAAGAAAUAAACGAGAAAAAAAAUUUUCUGAAAUUCCAACAUUUUCAUAAUUUCAACAAUCAUCGCACAAGUCGGGCCUAUUAUUCUGUACUGUAUUGUCAUUUUUGUAAUAUGUACAAACCACUUAUACUAAGUAUUUUGAAAUAUUGAAGAACUUAUUUCUACAUGAUUCGACGAUAUGUUAAGAAUUUUGUAAUGCAAAUUUCAGUUGCAAGUUUCUUCGAUUAUUUUGGCUUUUGGUAAACGAAUAUAUUUUCGUUCGGAGAAAGAUGAA